GAAAAAGAAGGAAAACGGCAGCGACCACGCGCGCGGCCGCGGCAGGCGAUGAGUUCCAAAUUUGACGCCUUCCAACAAUGGGGGUGCCAGAAGCCCACUCGAUUCCGCCCUCCCAGCGUCCCAGCCCCAACCCUCCUCCUCGAUCCCACCAGUAGAGCCCUCCUGUCCCUUGCUCCGGGCUCUGGGACUUUGGAGCCGCUCCAACCCUGUGAAGUUUGAUCCUUUUUCUGCCUUCAUCGCGGAUUAAAAAGGUUCGAUCUUUGCCGGCCUCUUCGGCUUCUAGGGCCCAACGAGUGGUAUCUGGGCUCGAGAGGAGGCUCCGCCGGCAGCAGCGGUUCUUGUGAUUGGUUCUGGGAUUUGGGGUUUUAGUGCCCAAUCGCGUCCCCACUCCCCAGGGGCGUCCCCGGCAAGCUGGAUCGGCAAGGAGGUGGUUACUGGAAUCUACAGCACUCAACUGGUGGACAGGUACCCAUUACUCACAGUGCAAAAGGGGGAGAGGGAGAGGGCUAGGGCGACAGCAACUCAGGAUCAAGUGGAAACAAAGGCAUAAAGCGGCAAAGGUAUCUGUACCAAGGUGAAGGUGACUCCUACAGGAGAGGUGUGAUUUGUGAAAAGGAGCUGGUUGCUGAAGCUACAGAGACAAGGGAGGAACCAUGGUGAAGAAGAAGCUGAAGAAGCUGUAUGGCAAGGAUGCUCGGGAGUUCUUUAACCAGGUCAUGGUGGAGCAGCCCUUGCUACCCUUCCUAAUCCCACUUGGCCUCUUUGCGUGGUUCGUCGAACGCUGGGUUGUGCCAUUUUCCAACUGGGUUCCCCUCGCUGCUGCCGUUUGGGCUACCAUUCAGUAUGGGAGGUUUAAAAGGAGGAUAACUGUAGAAGAUUUGAACAAAAGAUGGAAGCAUCUGAUACUGAAUACAACCCCUACCACACCGAUUGAGCCUUGCGAGUGGUUAAACAAACUUCUAACAGAAGUUUGGCCCAAUUACAUGGAACCAAAACUAUCGAGGAGGUUUCAAUCUACUGUUGAGAGACGUUUGAAGAAUCGAAAACCAAAAUUAAUAGAUAAAAUAGAGUUACUGGAAUUCUCACUUGGCUCUUGUCCACCUACCUUGGGAGAUGAGGGGAUGCGCUGGAUUACUUCGGGUGACCAGCAAGUCAUGUGCUUGGGUUUUGAUUGGAAUAGCCAUGAGAUGAGUGUAAUGUUUUUGGCGAAAUUAGCAAAGCCACUGAUCGGGACUUGUCGCAUUGUCAUAAACAGCAUUCACAUCAAGGGAGAUCUUCUACUAUCACCCAUACUUGAUGGUGAAGCUAUACUCUAUUCUUUUGAAUCUACCCCGGAAGUCAGGAUUGGAGUAGCAUUUGGAAGUGGUGGAAGCCAAGCAAUUCCUGGUAUGGAGUUGCCAGGUGUCUCGACAUGGCUGGUAAAGCUUUUGACUGAAACCAUAGGGAAAACAAUGGUUGAACCACGCCGACUAUGUUUUUCUUUGCCAGCCGUAGAUCUAAGAAAAGAAGCAGUUGGAGGUGUUCUUUCAGUUACUGUUGUUUCAGCUAGUAACCUCUGUAAGAGCACAGCUAACCGUCAAAGCUCAAAUGGAGGGACCAUGCCUGGAAUUGCUGAUAACAAGGUAUCACAGACAUUUGUUGAGGUAGAAGUUGGCAAUUUAAUGAGGAAAACAAGUACCAGUAAGGGUCUAAAUCCUACGUGGAACAGUACAUUUAACAUGGUACUGCAUGGAGAGACAGGCAUUGUCAAGUUUCUUCUGUAUGAAUUGGAUUCUGGUGGUGUCAAAUUCAAUUUCUUGACAAGCUGUGAGAUAAAGGUCAAGUAUGUUCAUGACGGUUCAACAAUAUUUUGGGCUAUAGGACAUAACUCUGGUGUUGUCGCAAAGCAUACUCAACAUUGCGGACAAGAAGUUGGAAUGGUUGUUCCAUUUGAGGAUAUCAAUGGCGAGUUAACUGUAAGCCUUGUGCUAAAAGAAUGGCAGUUCUCAGAUGGGUCAGUUACAUUGAGUAAUUCUCCGAGCAAUGGUCAUCAAUCCCCAUUUGAUGGAUCACCAAAUCUUCAGUCCGUAACAGGAAGGAGACUUAGGGUCAGAGUUGUUGAGGGUAGGGCCCUCACUGCAAACAGUAAAUCUGGAAAAUGUGAUCCUUAUGUGAAACUUCAGUACGGAAAGGCUCUAUACCGAACAAAAACGCUGUCACACACUGUUCGUCCAGUUUGGAAUGACAAGUUUGAGUUUGAUGAGAUCGCUGGUGGUGAAUGCCUGAAGAUCAAAUGCUAUAAUGCAGAUAUAUUUGGUGAUGAAAGCAUUGGUAGUGCAAGGGUUAACUUGGAGGGACUUUUAGAUGGUGCUAACCGCGAUGUUUGGGUCCCACUUGAAAAAAUAGAUUCGGGAGAGAUCAGGCUUGAAAUAGAGCCAAUAAAGAAUGAUCACAACAAUAGCAUGCAGAGCUCAAGUAGUAACGCUGGAGCUGGUUGGAUUGAGCUAGUUAUAAUUGAAGCUAGAGAUCUUGUUGCUGCCGAUCUGAGAGGCACUAGUGAUCCUUAUGUCAGGGUGCAAUAUGGGAACAAGAAGAAACGUACCAAGGUCAUUUACAAAACACUCUCUCCGCAGUGGAACCAGACGUUUGAGUUCCCAGAAACCGGAGAACCCCUGACUUUGCAUGUCAAGGACCACAACGCUGUCCUUCCAACUGCUAGCAUUGGCCAUUGCACUGUCGAAUACAGCAUGCUAUCUCCAAAUCAAUCCGCGGAGAAAUGGAUACCGCUCCAAGGGGUAAAAAGUGGAGAAAUCCGUGUAAAAAUCGCACGAAGGGUGCCGAUGUCAGACUCGGAAAAGAAAACCACGCUAGGGACAGAUCCAUCUGGUAAAGGACACAAGAUAGCAACACAGAUGAGGGACAGCCUGAAGAAAUUCACAGGCUUGAUUGACGAGGGCGGUGACCCGGAGGCCCUGUCUUUGGCGGUGACAGAGAUGGAAGGUAUUCAGGGUGAGCAGGAAGAGUACAUAGAAGUGCUGGAGCGUGAGAAGGCAAUGCUGCUGCACAAGAUACACGAGCUUGGUUCCGAAAUCAUUAGAACAUCAUCAGGCCCUCCAAGGACGCCGUACUAGGUUUUUGUUUCUUGAUGAAAGAAUGCGCCCCACUGAACAUAUACGUAUGGGCAGGCCAAGACCUCAUUACACAUAGAACUCUUUGCUUCGAUCUGCAUAUAGUACAAGUGAACAUUAUAGUUUUGUAAGUAGGCCAGGUGAGUAGAGAAGUGAUGGAUGGAGCUUACUGAAGUUGCCCCACUAAUGUACAUGAAGCCUGAAAUCUGAAUUGAUGAUCCAACGGUCAGAUAAAGAGAUGAUCCUGUAAACCUGCAGGUGCAAUUGGUGUGGUACGAAGAAA